CUUCGAAUAGACAAAGUGGUUUAGGUGAUGAACCAAACCAUUUCAAGAAAUAGAUUAAAGAAGAUAACCUCACAAAACAUAUAAAAUCAAUCAAACUGAAAUAGCAAACUAGAGAGAAACCUCUAAUUUGUAAGGUUUGCAAUGAGGGCAAAGAUCAUUUUUUGCACAGCAGUGUCUGUAGCCACAUUAGCAGUUAUUCUCUUAGCCUUGGUCUCACCGGUAGCUCACAAAAAAAUGAAGAAGAUCCAACCAAGCAACAGCGCCUGGCUUGCUCUUUCGCUAUAUAUCCAACAUCCCCAUUCGGAAACCAUAAAAAACCAACCAAAACCAAGAAUAAGUACACAUCCUGGAGCAUAUGUGUUCCACCGAACUCUUACAGAGGGGCCUGAGAAUACAUCGAGAAUAGUCGGUAAAGCUCAAGGUUUCAUACUCCCAACUGAGCAUUUUGCUCAUUCUGCUUUCAACAUUAUUUAUCUUACAUUCGAUACGCCAGAGUUUUCUGGUAGCAUUAGCAUGCAAGCUAAACAUAUAGAUCACAAGACCAGGGAAGAGCUUACGGUUGUUGGUGGGACGGGCUCUUUUGCUUUUGCUCGUGGUCUUGCCAUUUUUGCACCGAGGUCGUCGGACUCCCAAGAAUCUGAUGUUAUUGAUGCAAGGUAUCAAUUGAAACUUCGUUUAAAGUUCCCUAACCAGGUGAGGAGGCCAGUUCCAGGAUGAGAAACAAAAAACCCAUGCUACUUCAAGCUUGCAUAAUAUAUGCAUGCAUUUUUCCCUAGUGUUCUUGUUGUUAUAGCUUGAAUUCUUUGCUGAGCCAAAGGCAAUUUCUUUUCUUUUCUGUUUAUUCAUUUGUUUUGGUGAGACAAUUACACACUUUGCCAUCAGUUUCAUAUUGACAACAUUUGUACAUACGUUUUCUGGAAGCUUAGUAACAUGGGAGUAUGGCUAAAGGUACAAGGGUCUUUUAUCCUUGUAAACUGUGCAAUACCAUCCCAUCUAAUUCACUCUUCCGGAACCGAGCAGUAGCUUUUUGUUGGAGUCCUGCAACAAUAGAAGAAACGUCAGAUGUAUCAAACAAUAAAUAUAAAGAACCGUAUCAAACAACUCUACCACGAACAAAUUGAUGAGGGCAGAUCACAGGUUCAACAAGCU